GAGCGGAUCAGUCAGGUCCUGAAGGAUCUGGAAGAGGACCGUGUCCCGGUGGUGAAGCUGGGCGACGCCAGCAUCGCAGCCCCUUUUACCUCCAAGCUCUCUUCCAUUCAGUGCAUCUGCCACGUGAUCAAGCAAGGUCGGUGCACGCUGGUGACGACGCUCCAGAUGUUCAAGAUCCUCGCCCUGAACGCCCUGAUCCUGGCUUACAGCCAGAGCGUCCUCUACUUGGAAGGGGUCAAGUUCAGCGAUUUUCAGGCCACUCUGCAGGGGCUGCUCUUGGCCGGCUGCUUCCUUUUCAUCUCCCGCUCGAAGCCUUUGAAGACGCUUUCCAAGGAGCGCCCGCUGCCCAACAUCUUCAACCUCUACACGGUGCUGACGGUGCUGCUGCAAUUCCUGGUGCAUUUCCUCAGCCUGGUGUACCUGUACCGCGGCGCCCAGGCACGCAGCGAUGCCAAGCAGGAGGAAUUCGUGGAUCUGUACAAGGAGUUCGAGCCCAGCCUCGUCAACAGCACCGUCUACAUCAUGUCCAUGGCCAUGCAGAUGGCCACGUUUGCCAUCAACUACAAGGGCCAUCCCUUCAUGGAGAGUCUCCAGGAGAACAAACCUUUACUAUGGAGCAUCAUCCUGUCGGGACUUGCCAUCGUGGGUCUCCUCACGGGCUCUUCUCCAGAAUUCAACCAACAGUUUGGCUUAGUGGAAAUCCCUACUGAGUUCAAGGUCGUGAUCACGGAAGUGUUGCUGGCUGACUUCUUCCUCGCCUUGGUAGCCGACCGAAUCCUCCAGUUUCUGCUGGGGAGCGCCAAGCUGAAAGUGCCUUCCUGAUGAGACGGGUCCCUG